CGCUCCCCUCUGGUUAUCGCAACGGCUUGGUUGUUGACAGCCCUACCUACCCGCGCCACCCCCCUCCAAGUUAUGUGCCAGGCCGCCGCUGGUACAUUACCUCGCCUGACAUGGUGAAGCAGAACAAUCGCUGCCUCUCGCACAACACGAGCAUCCUCGAGUGCCUCAUCUCGGCCGUUCCCUCAAGCUAUUAUGUCUCAACAACUUCACAAUACGAAGGGUCAGGAAGACGAUAAGGGCCAAGAGCAGUCUCGCUCUGCACCUCUGCAACGAGUCCCCGCCACUUUCGCUAAACUCGCUACCCGUAUACGCGUCCCCAGGUUUCUAGCCGGGUCCGCCCAUACACAGUUGUCCGCCGGCGUGGGUACCACUACCACUAGCUUACCCGCGCGCGUCCAAAGGCAGAAGCAGGAACUAUAUCACAGGAUCCCUUUGUUACGUGGCCAGAUUCGCUUGCUUCAACUGUUGCCGCAUGAAAACGACGACGGCGCAAUACACUGUCGGCUCUUCUGCGCCGUAUUGGACUCAAGAGGCACUCGCCCGUACGAGGCCUUAUCCUACGUGUGGGGCUCUGGGGGCAAGCCUCGUUCCAUUUUCAUAGACGGAUGCGACUUGGCCGUCGGGGAAAACCUGUACGCGGCGCUGUUGCAUCUUCGAGACCCGUCCAUUGAACGAACGAUAUGGAUAGAUGCCAUUUGCAUCAACCAAGAAGACCCCGAGGAAAAAGGACACCAAGUUCAAUACAUGGCCAAGAUCUACGCCAAAGCAACUCGCGUCGUUGUUUGGCUUGGAGAGGAGGCAGCCGAUAGCGGCCAAGCGCUCGAAAACUUACGCAUCGCAGCCGACGUGGAGCUGCCUAAAAGACCAUCAUACAUGUACGAUAAAGUGGGAAUCCUUCCACUGCUUCAACGAUCGUGGUUUCAGCGCAUCUGGGUGCUUCAAGAAGUUGGCGCGGCUCGCCAUAUCCUGAUCAAGUGUGGUUCUGCUGAGCUUGACGGUUUUGCUUUCUGUUCAGGCCUGAAUGCAUUGGACCUCCUCGGUGGUCUCCGCGCAGACGUGCGGGCUCGAAUCCUUUCGGCAACCUAUCUCAUCAGGGGCGCAAUCUUCCGGCCCAGAUACGCAACCACCUCUGAGACGGACAAUUUUUCUCUUGAUAUACGCCCUUUGGGUGAACUGAUCGACAUGUACCGCAGCCGCCAAGCUACGGAACGUCACGACAAAGUAUAUGCCUUACUUGGCAUGUGCUCUGAUAAUCCAACAGCAGCAGGAUUGUCGGCCGACUACACGAUUUCGUGGGUACAACUCCUCAACAAAGUCAUCCACUUCUCUCUAUCCGAACUGGUCUCUGUAGGCCUCUGGGACAACCAGGAGAUUGCCUUUAUUGAGGGCAAGGGCUGCGUCCUUGGUCAAGUGUCCUCGGUCCAGAAAAAUGCUACUUGGGAAGACAGACAAGAUGUGGUCAUCACCUGGAGGAAGGUCUUCGAUGUACCGGUCUCUCGCUGGUCCCUCCUGACCACCGCAAAAUCCAUCCAAAAAAACGAUACAGUCUACCUUCUUCAGGGAGCAUCAAGACCCACGAUCCUCAGGCCGUGCAACUAUCACUGGGUGGUGAUAAAGAUUGCAGUUUACCUAGAAGACGAUUCACAAGCUGCGACUGGCGAAGUCAAGUGGUCAGAACUUUUACAAUCAGUAAAGGUCUUUCCUCACGACUUUCGACUUAGUUGGGAUUGGGAUAUGGAUCCAGACACGCAGCCCGAAGAUAACGACCAUGACUACUUUGCACGCUAUCCCGUAGCAGGACAUUCAAAGGCAGAGUUGAGAGGUUGUUUAGAUGCGGCGUCUAAGAUACGAACUGUCAGAUUGGCGCUAGAAGAGGGGGAACAGAUCGAAGCUGCAUACAAGCAUAUUCAGGAAGAAGUCGCGUUUCUUGAUCGGGCAUUGAAGAGCAUGAACACCCUAAAUAAGGAUUGGCUAGACCCCGAGGAUUGGGAGAAUGAAGAUGCAAAGAAGUUGGAAGCAAGAAUAUAUCAAGCGAUUGAGGAGAGAGGCCAAUGGAGGCUUUUAAAGCACGCGACAAUAUUCCAUCAUGACAUGGUUGCAAAAUUCCUUACCGACCCCGACCAUGUCAACUUGAAUGGGCAAGAGGAGCUACAGAACGCACUGUGGGCUGCCACGGCAUAUGGCUAUAUAGCGAACGCUGAGAAGCUUCUUAAUACUGGCAAGGUUGAUGCGCACUAUCUAUACGACAAAAAGACAGCGGUGCAUGUGGCGGCAGAAAGUGGGCACGAGGCACUUGUUGAUCUGUUUCUCAACACUUACAAGGUUGAUCCAAAUAUUCCGGAUGGGCAUGGACAGACAGCGCUGCAUUGUGCGGCAAGGUAUAGGCAUACCGAGGCGGCUGUCAAGGUGCUCCUUGAUAAUAGCAAGGUUGACCUAACUAUUCGGGAUGAUCAGGGGAAGACAGCGUUAGAUCGUGCGAGAGGCAGGAAUCAUGUUGCAGUUGUUAAGCUAAUCAGCCUUGCACUUAAAGAGGCAGGCUUGGAGUAUGACUCCAGCUCGAGCUCGGAUUAGGCACGCUAUUACAAUCUUUCCACUUGCAAGAAUAGAUCUUGGUUUACUC